AUGCCAGAAUUUGGGAAGGAUAAUGUAACGGGAAUUGAAAAGAGUGACAUAAAAUAUGAUGCACCUCAAUGGGGAUGGCAAGAAGUUAUGUGUAGUUAUAAACCUAUGAGUCCAUUACAGAUACUUGGUAUUUGGGCAACAACUGUUAUGUUAAUCGUUAGUUUUAUACGUUUAUGGUUAAGAAAAGGUUCUAAAAAAAGUGUAAUCUGGAAAUAUAUAAUUCAUUCUUUUAUAAUUACCAUAGAUAUUGUAUUAGUAUUUGUUGACAUUGGCAAACGACAAAAGUUGGAUUUUUACCUUGUAAUGGCAAUGCUUCCUUUAAUUUUUGUAAUACAUGGUGGUAAUUCUGCUGGAGGCCUCAUACAAUCUUGUACCGGUUGUCAAUGUUGUCAAUGCAUGAGACCAUGCUACGUACAAUGUAUGACUCAUCCCUGCCCAUUACCUGCAUGCGCGUGGUUUGGUUGGAACGUGCUGCUUUGCAUUGAAAACACUCCUUCGUUAUUUUUAUUUGCUCAAAUGUGUAUAGAUGAAGAGAAAGGUGAUCCUGCUAAAUAUCUUGAUAAAUAUAGCCCUGAUCGUUCACAUUUAGUAACAUUCAUUGGUGGUUGGUGGUUUAUCAUUUCAAGUGCGGUAGCUAUUGCUAAUACGGUUAUGUAUGUUAACUGUGGAAAUACAGAAUUGGGUCAAGCUCCAAUUUUUAGUCAUCUUAUUUCUUUCUGGUUUGGCGCUUUGUGGGAUUUCUUUGAUCUCCUAAUCCACUGUUUACUUAGUUGA